AAGACUCCGCCAUCUUCAGCUUCGUCUUCUCACUUAUGCGGUUUUAAUAACCAGCCUGAGUCUCGAAUAGCCUGUAAAACUGAAAUUAGCGCAGUUCAGGGGUCUGAAGACUUACUAAAGGUCCUGCUGAGAGCGGGGCAGACGCAGUCUCCUGUAAUGGAGCUUAGAGCUGUGGUGUUUGGGGGGAAGUUUUCUGGGAAGAGCUCCUUGAUUAAAUCUGUGUUUGGAAAAGACUUGCUUCCAAAUUAUAAGAGGACUGCUCAGUGUAAGAAACUACAGGGAAGCGUGUGUGGAAGAGAGCUCACGUUGGUUGACACUCCAGGUUGGUGGAAGCAUUUUCCACUGAGUGACACUGCAGAAUUUCUGAAACAGGAACUUGUUGAAGGAGUUUCUUUGUGCCAUCCAGGACCCCAUGUGGUCUUACUGGUCAUUGAGAUUGACAUUCCGUUCACAGAGAAACACAGGAAAGCUGCAGAGGAUCACCUUGAACUCCUUGGUGACCAGAUCUGGACACACACUCUUGUGCUGUUCACUAGAGGCUGCUCUCUGGACAGAACUAUAGAAGAGCACAUUGAAAAUAAGGGGGAAACUUUAAAGUGGUUGAUAGAAAAAUGUGGGAAUGGAUAUCAUGUCUUUGGCAAUACAGUCUUGAAUGAUAAAUCUCAGGUGACACAGCUGCUGGAAAAGAUUGAAGAUAUAGUGCAAAGAAACAAUGGUGCUUAUUUCCAAAUUGACACAAAAAUACUGGAAGAGGCUGUGGCGUGGAAGAAGACUGUGAUGACCAAAGCACAAUCCAGAGUGUUAAAACUACAAGAACAAAAGACACACCUUAGUAAAGAAGGGUUAAGAAUUACAUUGCUGGGUUGGGUGAUUGCUGGGAAGAGUUCAGCUGGGAACACCAUUCUUAACAGAAAAGUGUUUGCUAAUGAACGUAGUACUCUUAAAUGUCAAAGUGGACUUGGUGAAGUGGACGGAAGACCAGUAACUGUGCUUGAUACACCCAGCUGGUUUAAGUACUUUCCCUCACAAUACACUCCAGCAUGGAUACAGUCUGAAAUUAUGAAGAGCGUAAGUCAGACUGUCACCUCCCCACACUGUAUACUUCUAGUGAUUCCUGCAGACACGUCAUUCAAAGAGAAACAGAAAAGGGUCAUUGAAGAGAACAUGAGCUUCCUUGGGGAGCAAGUGUGGAGACACACCAUUGUGCUUUUCACAUGGGGUGACAUACUUGGCGACUUGACCAUAGAGCAGCACAUUGAGAGUGAAGGUGAAGCCCUCCAGUGGGUGGUUGAGAAAUGUGAGAACAGAUAUCACGUCUUCAACAAUGAAGAGAGGGAGAAUCGUGUUCAGGUUACGGAGCUGCUACAGAAGAUUGAUGAGAUGGUGGCUCGAAACAGUUUAUUCCAACUGAACACUCAGACAAGUGGCAGAAUUCAUGCAAGGCAAGAAGCAGUGGACACACAGGCACAGAUCACUGAUGAGCAUGAUUUACAGGAUGUGGUCCAAUUUGUGGAUGAAGAAUGGAGAAGAAGGGACAAGGAGCUUCUAAGAAGGGUUUCAGAAGUGAAGAAGGACAUAAAGGCUGCACUCCCCAGGAGGGGAGAUAGAAGUAUGGAUUCCCCUCCUCACUUAAGUGAGACGAGUUCAAACACUGAGACAGAGGACCCGGAUGAUGAGGAAGUGUCUCAAACAGAGCCAGAGUCCUCGGGACCAGUGCAGGAUGAGGAGAAAAGUAUCCUGAAACUCAAGGGUCAGAUUAAAGAGAUGCUUGAUCAGGAGUGGAGCAGACGUGAAGAGGCAUUAAUGGGAAGAUUUCUAGAAAUGUUGAGCGAGCUCAGAUGUGAGGCACAGUCUGAGCCAACUGAACAUGACAAAGAAAGAUCCAAAAAGAAAGUCUCCCGCUGGUUACAGGAGUGCUCUGAAGGAUAUGCAUCAGCUUCAGGCAGUAUUCCGUCGGACACAUCAAUGUUUGCCAUGAUGACCAUGACGGUGAAAAAACCCAUGAUGAUGCCCAUGAUGGUGUCCGUGUCCAUGGUGAUGCCCAUGAUGAUGCCCAUGAUGAUGUCCGUGGCCAUGAGGAUGAAUAAAGGGGACAUGAACUCCAUGUCCAUGAGGCCCUGGGCCCAUUGGUGGAUGGCACGGGCCCCCUGGUGGUGGGGAUCUGACCAUGUGGUUGGUGAAGAGCUUAGGGCUGUGGUGUUUGGGGGGAAGUUUUCUGGGAAGAGCACACUGAUCAACACUGUGUUUGGAAAAGACUUGCUUCCAGCUAAGAAGAGGACUGCUCAGUGUAAGAAACUACAGGGAAGUGUGUGUGGAAGAGAUCUGAUGUUGGUUGACACUCCAGGCUGGUGGAAGCAUUUUCCACUGAGUGACACUGCAGAAUUUCUGAAACAGGAGCUUGUUCAAGGAGUUUCUUUGUGCCAUCCAGGACCCCAUGUGGUCUUACUGGUCAUCGAGAUUGACAUUCCAUUCGCAGAGAAACACAGGAAAGCUGCAAAGGAUCACCUUGAACUCCUUGGUGACCAGAUCUGGACACACACUCUUGUGCUGUUCACUAGAGGCCGCUCUCUGGGGUGCAAAACUAUAGAAGAACACAUUAAAGAUGAGGGGGAAGCUUUACAGUGGUUGAUAGAAAAAUGUGGGAAUAGAUAUCAUGUCUUUGACAAUACAGGCUUAAAUAAUACAUCUCAGGUGAUGCAGCUGCUGGAAAAGAUUGAAGAUAUAGUGCAAAGAAACAAUGGCGCUUAUUUCCAAAUUGAGGCAAAAAUACUGGAGAAGCCUGGAGAGUGGAAGAAGACUGUGAUGACCAAAGCACAAUCCAGAGUGUUAAAGCUACAAGACCAAAAGACACACCUUCACAAAAAAGAGCUGAGAAUUACAUUGCUGGGUUGGGUGAUUGCUGGGAAGAGUUCAGCUGGGAACACCAUCCUUAACAGAAAUGUGUUUGCUAAUGAUCACAGUACUCUUAAAUGUCAAAGUGGAUGUGGUGAAGUGGAUGGAAGACCAGUAACUGUGCUUGAUACACCCAGCUGGUUUAAGUACUUUCCCUCACAAUACACUCCAGCAUGGAUAAAGUCUGAAAUUAUGAAGAGUGUAAGUCAGACUGUCACCUCCCCACACUGUAUACUUCUAGUGAUUCCUGCAGACACGUCAUUCAAAGAGAAACAGAAAAGGGUCAUUGAAGAGAAUAUGAGCUUCCUUGGGGAGCAAGUGUGGAGACACACCAUUGUGCUUUUCACAUGGGGUGACAUACUUGGAGACUUGACCAUAGAGCAGCACAUUGAGAGUGAAGGUGAAGCCCUCCAGUGGGUGGUUGAGAAAUGUGAGAACAGAUAUCACGUCUUCAACAAUGAAGAGAGGGAGAAUCAUGUUCAGGUUACAGAGCUGUUUCAGAAGAUUGAUGAGAUGGUGGCUCGAAACAGUUUUUUCGAGCUGAAUACUGAGACAUUUAGUGGAAUUUAUGUGAGGCAAAAUAAAGUGGACACACAAGCAAACACCAGUGAUACAGAGAGUAAUUUACAGGAAAUUGUCCAAUUUGUAAGUGAAGAAUGGAGAAGACGGGACAAGAACCUUCUAAAAAGGGUUUCAGAUGUGAAGAAAAACAUAAAGGCUGCACUCCCCAGAAGGAGAGAUAGAAGUAUGGAUUCCCUUCCUGAUUUCAGUGGGGCAAGUUUAAACACUGAGACAGAUGAUCACAGUGAUGAAGAAGACUCUCAAACAGAGCUGGAGUCUGGCAAUGUAGAAACAGUUCAGGAUGAGGCUAAAAGCACCAUGAAACUCCAGGAUCAGAUAAAAGAGCUGUUUGAUCGGGAGUGGAGCAGACGAGAAGAGGCAUUAAUGGGAAGAUUUCUGGAAAUGUUGAGCGAGCGCAGAUAUGAGGUGCUGUCAGAGCCAACCGAAGAAGACAAAGAAAGAUCCAACCAGAAAGUCUUUGACUGAUUUCAGUGGUGCUCUGAAGGAUAUGCAUCAGCUGCAGGCAGAAAUCAGUCAGACACAUGAUGUCCUCAUAAAAGUUUUGAGGACAUUUUUAGCUAACAGAAUAAUGAGUCACUAAUGCUAUGAUGAAACAUGUAAUCAGCAAUGCAGUACAUUGAGUUUCUGUAAUUUAAUAUCUAGACUAAAUAAUAACUCUACAGAUCACUCACUUAAAAGGAGUUGCUGAAGGCUUCAAAAAAUGUAGACAAGGCAAUCAUGAGUUAUGCACUGGCAACUGAAUAAAGUACAUUUUCACUCUGAGAGUAGCAAACGUGACCUGUUCUGCAAAGAGAAAGAAAAAGAAGUCUGGCUCCUCUGGAGAUUUUGUUUGCUAAAGAAAAAUGAAAGAAUGCUGAUUUGUAAUUUUUGUUCCUCAAAUUGUAAAAGUAUCCUGAGAGAGAUUACUUUUCUUUCUUCUCUGUACAUUGUGUACUUACAUUUUUGGAGUAAUGUAAAGAAACUAUAUGUCCAAACAUAUGGAGACAUCCAUUGUUCUUAGUGAAUUUACCUACUUUAAGGUGCACAUAUUCAGAAUACAGAAAUUAAAUAUCUGUAUUUAGUCCAGGUUACAUUUUGU